ACCGCCAUUUUCGGAGAGGAGAGGGGUGGGGCUAAGGCCGGUCAGUCAGGCUUGGGAAGCCGGGAAGAAUUUGUCUCCCGGCCGUGAGAAAACGGAGGUGUAAGGUGGGCAACGGCGGUGCCGGGGUCGCUCCCGCCCCGUGAUUGACAGCCCGGUCUUUCCACCCGGGCGGUGAAAUCAGAGCAGGGAAUGUAUGACAACAUGUCCACAAUGGUGUAUCUAAAAGAAGACAAAUUGGAAAAGCUCACUCAGGAUGAGAUUAUUUCCAAGACUAAACAAGUUAUUCAAGGCCUAGAAGCCUUGAAGAAUGAGCACAAUUCCAUCUUACAGAGUUUACUUGAGACACUAAAAUGUUUGAAGAAAGAUGACGAGACCAAUCUGGUGGAAGAAAAAUCAAAUAUGAUUCGGAAGUCUUUGGAAAUGCUAGAAUUGGGUCUAAGUGAAGCUCAGGUGAUGAUGGCUUUGUCAAAUCAUCUAAAUGCUGUAGAAUCAGAGAAGCAGAAAUUACGUGCCCAAGUUCGUAGGCUAUGUCAAGAAAACCAGUGGCUAAGAGAUGAACUUGCUAAUACCCAGCAGAAAUUACAAAAAAGUGAACAGUCUGUGGCUCAACUGGAAGAAGAAAAGAAGCACCUUGAAUUCAUGAAUCAGUUAAAAAAAUACGAUGAUGAUAUAUCACCUUCAGAGGACAAAGACGCAGAUUCUGCCAAAGAGCCAUUGGAUGAUUUAUUCCCCAAUGAUGAAGAUGACCAAGGACAAGGAAUUCAACAGCCACAUAGCAGUGCAGCAGCAGCUGCCCAACAAGGUGGUUAUGAGAUUCCAGCAAGAUUAAGGACCCUUCAUAAUCUUGUCAUUCAAUAUGCGUCCCAAGGUAGAUAUGAGGUUGCUGUACCACUUUGUAAGCAAGCUCUCGAAGACCUUGAAAAAACUUCAGGCCACGAUCACCCUGAUGUCGCCACUAUGUUGAACAUACUUGCAUUAGUAUACAGGGACCAGAAUAAAUACAAAGAUGCAGCAAAUUUACUGAAUGAUGCCCUGGCCAUUCGUGAAAAGACCUUAGGCAAAGAUCAUCCCGCGGUUGCAGCAACUUUAAAUAAUCUUGCUGUACUUUAUGGGAAAAGAGGAAAAUACAAGGAAGCUGAACCUUUAUGUAAGAGAGCUUUGGAAAUCAGAGAAAAGGUGCUGGGAAAAGACCAUCCAGAUGUUGCCAAACAGUUAAAUAAUCUGGCAUUACUAUGUCAGAACCAGGGCAAAUAUGAAGAAGUAGAAUACUACUAUCAGCGGGCACUUGAGAUCUACCAAACAAAACUGGGGCCAGAUGAUCCAAAUGUAGCAAAAACAAAGAAUAAUUUGGCAUCCUGCUAUUUGAAACAAGGGAAAUUUAAGCAAGCAGAAACUUUGUACAAAGAGAUUCUUACUCGUGCCCAUGAAAGAGAAUUUGGCUCCGUGGAUGAUGAAAACAAACCGAUUUGGAUGCACGCUGAGGAGAGAGAAGAAUGCAAGGGAAAACAAAAAGAUGGCAUGAUAUUUGGUGAAUAUGGAGGCUGGUACAAAGCUUGCAAAGUUGACAGUCCAACAGUUACAACUACUUUAAAGAAUCUUGGAGCACUUUACAGACGUCAAGGAAAGUUUGAAGCUGCUGAAACAUUAGAAGAGGCAGCAAUGAGGUCCCGUAAACAGGGACUUGACAAUGUUCACAAACAAAAAGUUGCUGAAGUACUCAAUGAUCCAGAAAGUAUAGAGAGAAGGCAAAGCCGCGAGAGCCUUAAUAUUGACGUGGUAAAGUAUGAGAGUGGACCUGAUGGAGGAGAGGAAGUGAGUAUGAGCUUAGAAUGGAAUGGGGAUGGCACUGGAUCAUUAAAACGCAGUGGUUCCUUUAGCAAACUUCGUGCUUCAAUUAGACGCAGCAGUGAGAAGCUGGUUAGAAAACUGAAGGGAGGAAGUUCACGAGAAAGUCCUGGCAUGAAGCGUGCCAGUUCAAUGAAUGUUCUUAACGUGGGUGGCAAAACAACUGAAGAUCAUUUUCAAGGACGAACUAAUUGUCUGACAGAUUCAAGAGCUAAGAGUGUCAGUCACACUGAUUUGGCCCACUGAGGUUCUGGAACAGAUGCUAGCUAAAAAUGUUCGUAUGAAUCAUGAAGCACUGAGAUUCAUAUAAUAAUGGGAUCCCCAUUAUGAUCUUUUUAGCACUUUCUAGGUUAAAGACAUAACAGAAUGGACUAUUUCUAGGCUCUCUUAAAAUAACUGGCAUUUUAAAGAAUCCUAGAGUUAGUGAUUAGCUUCUUUCUGAAGCAUGCUAAGUUUAUUGCAUUGUUACUAGCAAUUUGGAGUUGUGUUACAGAUAGCUGUAUAGCAGUAUUCAUAAGCAGAGGAAAAUAUGCCCACAAAAUAGAAAAGGAACUGAAAUACAAAAAAUGCAAAAGCUUUCCUCAACGUGCUGUUUUAAAACUGUUACAGGAGCAUCCAUUAUUAACUAUGUAUGCAUUUGCUAGAAUAAGAUUUACAUUAAGUUCAUCGCUGUAAGGAAUAAGGACUUUGUACACAUUAUAUAUUGCAGAUAUGAAAAUUGUCAUGUAGCUUAUGACAUUCAGAUUUUAAAUCUGGAGGGCAAGAUACUGGUUAAUUAGAAUGGAAAACUUUGACACCUCUUGAAAAUGACAAUAGCCAAUUAAUUGUGGCUUUCUUCAGUCUAAAAAUUAAUGAAAAUGGUGCAAUUUACUUUAAUGUGGAAGAGAAAAGCAGAAUAAGCUAAACCCAUCAGGUUUUCAGUCUUUUCACACAGAACACUCCUUUUUUUCUCAAUCCAGAAUUAUAAGUACGUACUGCAGCUUGAAUCUGACUUCUAUUUCAGUUUGGAGUGAGAAAGGGGAAAAAUAAGUACUGUACUGUGAAGUUGUGGCUUGCAAGAGGGUCUCAUAAGAAAUUUGUCACAAUAAAAAAGCCUAUUAGUGGCAACUUUUUCAAUCUUCCAUUGGUUUAUUACUCCUUUGGGUGAUAAAGUCUUUCUCUUCUCAGGGGACUAGAUAAGAAAGGAUGUUUAUCUGUUUCCAUUUUGCAAUACUAUUAUUUGCAAGCAGGAAGUAGGAAAUGUGUGCAAGUCAUGAUUGUAUACCAAGAAAAUUAAAUCUCUGGCCAGUAGGAAUAACCAAGCUACAUUCAUUUUGCUUACUUUCUUGCAGUACAAUCAAUGUUAAUGUGAACUGCAGAGGUUAAAGCAUUAAAAGGAAUAUAUUCUAGUUUUAUAAAAAUUACAUGUAACAAGAUUUGUGGUGAAGCUACAUCAGUCCAGUCUUUAAAUGAGAACUGAGCUCUGGUCAAUGCUGCUGACUAUGUAGAGGUUUUGUGAGAACAUUGCAUAUCAUUUGUAAAUCUCAGUGAAUUAUACUUGCUGGUUCACAAUGGAGUUGGUUAUAUUGUUCUUAAUCAUCUUAGUUAAAUUCUAAAAUUCUGAACCGACUUUAGAAAGCAAAUAUAAAGAAACCAAAAAGCUGAAGUAAGAUACAAUGACUCCAUUUUUAAGUUGUUGUAUUUGGCAUUCCUGUCUGAAAAGGCUUUACAUUACAUUGGUGGUAUAUUUUAAUACAAUUUCAGUCUGUUACUCAAAGUGGACUAUAAAUAUGCCUUAUUCAAUAUACUUUUGAGAAUAAGGGCAUAAAAUUUAAAGCUCUUUGGAAUGAAAUGGUUAGGUUAUUAAAAUAAUACUAGUCUCCCUUAUUUUUAACAAUUUUUCCUUUUUCUUAAGAAAAAGAUACAUAAAUAAAAUGUUCUUCUGUAUGGUAACAUGGUUGUGAGUUACAUUUUCCUUUGUGUUUAAUAACAUUUUUUUAAAGUGAAUAUUCAUAUUUAGCUUUAUAUUGUUAUAAAAUUACCUCUUGCAUGCAUACAGCUUAAAUGAAAGUUGAAAAUAUAUGCUGCCAAAAAGUUGAAGGGGGGCAGCCCUUUAAUGCCAUCUUGUUUUGAUCUUAUAACAAAGUAUAGUAGUAGGCUUAGAGGAAUGAACCAUAACAGCUGUCUUCAUUUGGUGGGACUAAAAUUUUGAUCUGUCCAGUAGAAUUUAUGAAUAUUGUUACUUUGUUAUUGUUACUUUAUGUCCUCCAGAUGAGAUGAAAUAAAUUCUCAGAAUUCUCAGGUCAUCUAGACUUAAAAUUCUGGAAAUUAUAGGAAGAUUUAUUUUUAGAGGAAAAUCUAGUAUGUCAUGUAUUAUGAAUAAGCAAAUGACCUAAAAUACUAAUACUCUCACAUGGGAAAUAAAUAUUUGUGGCUAAUCUGUAUGACUGUGCUAAACUUGGUUCUUAGUUAUCUGACUAUCCUGCCUUGCUUAUUAUGGAUCUAUCUGUGAAUAAGAAAUGAGAGAAAAAAUUUACCUGAUUCUUUUCUUUGAAGCAGUUUACUCAGUACAUUUGAUUAGAAAAGUGGAUAUACACAAACCUAUGGCUGGGCCAUGCUGUGCGAUGGGCAGUUGUGAUAAACUAUCACUCUACUGAUAUACUAUUGAGGAAAUUAUGGAUAUAGUAUAUCUUAUCUUCAGCAAUGUUACAGAAACAGUUACUAUAUAUUUCCAGUUCAUGAUAGCUUAGCCUUUCAUUAAUUUAAGUGAGUAUUGUGAAAAAAUAAAUCACAUACCAUUCAUUUCAUUAGAAUCUUGUAUUUGGUGCAGAAAUAACUCUUUCUCUUUGUGCAUCUGUUGUACCUAUUUGAAGAACUGAGUCCUCACCAGCAAAACCUCCUAUUAUAAAGGGCUUUUUCCACUCUCAGAAGUAGUUUAAGCAACAAUCUGUGUUUUGUAUAAUCUCUAAACACGAUUCCUUCCCUAUUAAGUAUGCUUCUUCAUAAUAAAUUAUUUAAUCCUGUCUUUAAAAUGUAUCUCUGGAAACAACAGGGCCAUCCAAUUAAGUCCACAGCUAUCCGUGAAUCCCUUUUAGACCUCAUAACUGUAAUCUGAAAAAUAAGUUUGAGGCAUCCAAGUGAAACAAAGGGAUGGUAGCAUGAGCAGGAGCUAUGUGGGUUCUUCCUGUUAGGAAGAUUGCCAUUUCUCACAACUCGGGUUCUAAGUAAAACAGCUGUGAAUUGAAUUCUCAGUUGCAAUAUUAAUCUAUCUGACAUCUGCACAUUAAGUGUCUUGGCAGCAGCAUUAUUCAGAUAGAUUUUUUCUUUUUAGUUUCUUUAAUUUUAAAAUCGUAUGUGAUGGUGAUAAUCUAAAUUGCCCAUUACAUUAUAUAUUUUCUUAGACGAUACUGUUCAUUAGUACCUAAGUCACAAUUUUAUUUGUCUUAUAAAAUAAAUAAAAUAAGUUGCAAUAUUAAAUAGAGUUUACUUAAGCUACAUCUUUAAUAGAUGUUCCUAUAUCCAUUUAGGAUGCUCAAGAAUAUAGUUAGCCUCAAUACAAGUCUUUGAAAGAAGCAUUGGGGUUGGACUAGAAGACUUCCAAGGUCCCUUCUAACUUUGUUAUUUUGUUAACAUGGUGAUCUAGAACACUUGCCUUGAUUCGAAAAUGCUUCAUGGAAAACAAUUCAGAUAAUAUUUACUACAGAUAUCCCUCUUUGCAAGCAGGAAUGCUUUUUAGAUUUAACAAUGUUAAAUCAGCUAGCUAAAAGAUAUUUUGUGUUAAACUAGUAAUUCCACCGAUUAUGGAAAAUUAAGUAUUUUUAUUAUAUAUAUUUCUGAAACAGAUUGUGUAGUGUUUUACUGAAUUUGUUUACAAUGUUGAAAUACACCAAUUUGUUAACAAGGUCAAUUUUCCCACUGAACUCUGCUACUAUGAAAUCUGCUGAAGUACAAAAUACAUACUUGUAACAUAAAUUAAUGUAAAAAAUAUUUUACCAGAACGUGUUUAUAUUUUGUUGAAGUUAUGAAUAUUCCCUUUUAAAAAUAUGAAACUUUAUUUCAUUAUUGUAUAUCUCAAAAUUAAAUCAGAAAAAAUUUACUUUUAAAAACAUAUUACUGUAAUUCUUAAUCCGUGUGUAAUUAUCAAUGUGCAGUUCUAUGGCUUCAAGUAGUAAAUUAAUUAGUUUUUGUACCUUGUAUGUAUGACUUACUGCAAAACUGGAUGUAACUAAUGGCAUUUCAUCUGUGCACUUUAUGUAUGGCAGCACUGAUGGGGCUAUUGUGUAAUGGCAGGAUAUUCAGCUAAACUGCUGAAAUGGAGUAAUUCACGUACCUUUUCGAAACUUGCUUCAGAGCACUUAAGGAUACCAUAAUCAGAGAAAAAUCAACAAAGUAGCAGUUUAAAAAAGGAAAUAAAUUGUAUAGGUAGUCCUCGACUUACAACAGUUCAUUUAAUGACAGUUCAAAGUUACAACAGCAGUUUUUUACACAACUUUGGCAGCAUCUCCAUGGUCAUCAAAAUUCAGACUUGUGGCAACUGACUCACAUUUAUGAAGGUUGUAGUGUCCCAGGGUCAUGUGAUUAUCUUUUGCGACCUUCUGGCAAGCAAAGUCAAUGGGGAAGCCAGAUUCAUUUCACAACCGUGUUACUAACUUAACAACUGUGGCAGGAAAGGGUGUUAAUGGGACAAAAUUCACUUAACAACUGUCUCCCUUAACAACAGAAAAUUUGGGUUGUAAGUUGAAGACUACCUGUAGUUCUAUAUCAGGAGUGUCAAACUUGUGGCCCGUGGGCCAGAUGCAUCAUGUGUUGGUUCCGCCCCCGCCCGGUUUAGCAAAGGGGGAAAAAAUCCAGAUAAGUCACGUGUCGCAGCCAUGAUGUUGCGAGUUUGACACCUCUGUUCUAAAUAGUAUAGUUUUAACACUGGAAAAUAUUAAAAUGGAAAUGGGCUAAAUCAAUCUUUUAGAUUUGAUUCUCCAUAUUUUAUUUUUAAAAAUUGCAUUUACUCUUUAAAACAACUGUUCUAAUGAAGAAUUUUAUUCUUAUAGGAAGAAAUAAUGCAUGAUCAAUUAAUCUGCAAAAGUAAAAAAUUGGCUCUUUUAAAAGUCACAAAGUCUGUUUUUUUAUUAGAAAAGCAUAUUUUCAAUUUUCCACAACAAUUUCCUUAAUCUAUUUUAAUUCUUAAAUGGAUGUUAGAGCAAAAAUAUUUGCCUUAGUCUAAAGAAGCAGACUUUCUUCAGAAAUGUAUAGCAUGGUGUCUCUUUUGUUUUAAUCUGUUACAGAGUUGUGAAGUAUUUGUUUCAUUUUUAAAGCUUUCUUGUUACUCUCAAAGUGUAAAAAUAAAGAAUCAAACAGAGCUACAUAAA